CAACAACUCCACCCAUCUAGAAAGAGUCAAAGCAUGCACAAGACCAAAUUCCAAGUCUUUUAUAUUUUGUUUUCUUUGAUGUCUCCCUUUCACUGCUUCAACACAAGCCAAAAGAAGAAGACCAGGCAAACUGCAAUGACCCGUCGAUCAAGUUUCAUUUUUCAAGCUUUCCAACCACCCUUUACUUAAUAAGGCCCGUAACUUUCCCACACUUUCUCGUCGAAGUUUCUAGUUUUCUGCUUUUGAUUAUUUUCUUGCCAACCAAACACACAUACACACAGAGAAAGUUAGAGGAGAAAAAAAAAAAGAGAGAGAUUAAUUUAUGGCAUGCUUUGUGCCUUUCAACAACAGGAAUUUGGACAUAAGUAUCUUUGUGUUCAGACCAACUGUUGUGCUGGUUGAUGACCUUCUUAAUGCCCUCAAACAAUUCUCUUUGUGCACUGAGUCUCUUGGCUGUGUACAAAGCUCCAUCUUGCAGAGCAUCCAUGGAAAUAUGAUCAUAUGGUUUGGAGCAUGGCUGAAGAGAUCUUGUGAAAACAAGGACUCAUUGACUGCAAGCCUUCUCUCAAUGUUAACGACCAUGUCGGGCAUGGCUAUCUUACUCGAACACUCCUUCUUUGACGCGUACGCCGGAGAAUCAAGAGACGGGUCUUGUGCUGCAAAAUUUUGCAGAGGCGACACAGUGUCAAUGAGCACAGCGGUUGUCAAUGGCGGCAACAUGAAAAACGUCUCUUACGCAUGCUUAGCGAUGUUCAAGUCCGGUUUCCAGAAGAUGGAAGGCGUGGCUGCCGGUGUUUGCUUGAAAUGCCAAACCAAGCCAAGAAUUGCUUCUCUUUUUGUGUGGAAGUCUCUGCAACAUUGUUACUCAUGGAUUCUAAAUUCAGACCAGAGAAAAGCAAUGCUGCCCUAUCUCGAAAGCGUGUCAAUUGAGAUGAAGUACGACAUCUUUCGAGUGGUGUAUGUUAGUGGUGACAAUGAUCUCAAGUUUCAGUUCUUCUAUCCUCCUCAUCAAAUGUUGGAACAAACAGCUGGAGGAGAAAGCAAAGAAGAAGGGCAGCUCAUGCAAAGCACUUCCAUAUUAUGAUCGUACUUAAUUAAUUAAUUUGAGUACUAGCUGGCCACUGAUCAUAUCAUAGUUUUUUUGUAAACCCAUCGAUAUUUAUUUAUAAAGAUAUUUAGUCAUA